UUACCUUCUCACCUUGUGGAUGAGGCUAUAGCGAAGCAUCUAAACCGACCUGAGCGAUGCUCCUCAGAGGAACCUUAGAGGAACCUUUAUAGGCUUUUUUGUGUUUCUUUUUCAAUACUAUUUUCAUUAUAAAUUAAUUUUUCGAAUAAGUACAAAAUAAUAAAAGGAAUCUAUUAGGUUUAAUACGGCAAUUCCACGACAUCCCAAUCACAUAUUUCGCUCUCUCAAUCGUAAUUCACGAUGCAUUCUAUUCUGAAACAGCUGAUAAAUACGUCUAUGUCACGACGUGGUGGUGAAUGCAACACUUUUAAUCGAUUAUAGAUAAUAGAAAUCGAUGGUUUCAGAUCUAAAAAAACGAUGUUCUCCAGUAAAUUUUGAUUUGUUUUGUUUUUUCUUCUGUGCCUCAUUUAAAGUUUUGAAUAAUAAAAUUCAUUGACAUUUAAAAUUGGUUUAUGUUAAAUUAAAAUGGGUGAACUCGGUGAAUCGUCAAUUGAUAGAAUUCCAUACAUCGCUCUUUCAGUACAACUUGAAGCAAUUGAAAAAGAAUUGAAAGCAGCGAACGUGUUGCCUAAAAAGUCUUUGCCUGCGUUAAAAGUUUCCCUAAUAAGACAUGCAACCGAAAUUGAAUUGAAAAAUGGUGCUACGUUGGAUAUUGGUGAAUACUUUGAACACUUACUUAAAUUGUACAACCAAGACGAAUUUUCUUUGAAGUACAUUGCGCAGGUUAUUUAUAACAUAGUAAAAACGUUGUCGAAAAAUUUGUCAUCAGGUGCUUCUAAUUUCGAAUUAACUUCUAGAUGGUCAGAAGUACUAUUGGAUUUGCUUUUUUCCCGUACAUGGGGCAAAGUAUUACUUUCAGAUAUGCUACUUUGUCUGAAGAUAUAUUCAAAGUCUUAUAGCGAUUUUAAAAUUGUGGAAAAAAUGCGGAGGAAACUUCUAAGUAGUAUCAACAAAUCCGAGAAUAUUACGCUCAACGUAACUUACGUGCUAAUUCACUUUUUUGAUGAUUUAAUAAAUGAAAAUGAUCUCGAAAUUUCCGAAAAUGUGGAAAGACUGGCCUACAAGCUUUUGAAAUCUGAGGUCAUUGAGGAGCGUAAGGCUGCUUUGUAUUUAAUGAAGAAAAUGAAAAGAAGUGGUGAUUUGGAUGUAAAUAAUUUUUGGAUGUCCUAUAUAACAAUAUUAGAAAAUUUGGAAGAAAAUCAAUCACAUUUAAUAAUACCAUGUUUGAAAAAUAUUAAGCAAAAGUAUUUUAAAAACAAUGACUUUAAAAAAUGGCAAGAUACUCUAUAUAUAAAAAUUUUAUCACAUCAAAAUAUCGUGGUCUCCCGAUGGGCUAUUUAUUAUAUUCUAAAUACGUUUACAUGCUCUGAUUUAAGUGCAGACGUAUUGCUCGAAUUUGUGAACGCACUUAAUAACACAUGUCUAUAUAAUUGGGAUGAGUUUUGUCUACCAUUGAAUACUAUUAAAAAAUUUUUGGACGACGAUGUUUGCCGGUUUAUGGAAAGCAUGGCUGAGGUGAAUUUAAGAAGCGUUCCUUUGCACUUUUGGCUAGCUCGUAUUUAUACAUAUAAACCAAACAUCAAUUUCCGCUCGAAAGAACUUCUUUUAAAAUUAGCAGCAAGAAUCCGUGGUUUGCAAAAUCCAUUGAUGAGGAUAAAAAUCAUUAAGUUGUGUGAGGACAUCUUUUGUGAAGUUAUAAACUGUAUGCGGUUGUCCGAAUAUAUAGUUUUAAUUGAAACUUUAUAUAAUGUAACGGAUCCUUUCAACAAUUUUCGUACAUUUUGUGAAAAACUUAAAAUUUCCAUAGAAAACGGUUAUUCAUUUUCAAUAAGCCAAAGAUUUUAUGAAAUCGUUACAAAUAAUUUGAAUGAUGAUUUCACUUAUUUUGAGCCAGACCUAAAAUGUGCGAAUACCAAUGAUGGUAAGGAAUUUUAUGCGAAUGUAAAACAAUCAUUAUUCUUAUAUGAAAUAGUUGGUUAUCUAAAGGAUAUAAAUAGAGCCGAGAAAGGAAAUUUCAAAUGGAUAUCUUUAAUGAUUGUAUUUGAGUCAGAAAAUAAGAAAGAUGUGCGAAAUACUUGCCAGAUGUUUUGGGACCUGGAUUUGGACAAUUUCAUCGAUAUUCCUUACAAGAAAAUAUAUGAUAAAAUCAUGUCAAAAUUUGCCGACGAUGAAAUUACCGCAGCAUUUAUUCGCAAAAAGUUUCCAGACUUUUUUAUCAAAGAGUACAUAAAAACAUUUUCGGAUUUAUACAAGUAUAUGACAAAAAUAGAAGACAUUUUAACCACUGUAUCGAGUAAAACACUCGAGAAACUUUCUGAACUAGUAGCUAAUACUACCGACAUUAUUGAUUUUAGUAUUAUUGACACAUUUUUAAAAGUACUCAAAACAUGUUCCCGUAUGCAAUCACUUUGUUACAGUGUGACCACCAAUUUAAUAAAAUAUCUGAAGUUUCGAUGCUCGUCAAGUCAGUUAGAGGAUUAUGCGAACAAAAUGAUUUGCUCUGAUAAUGAGAAUAUUGGGAUUUGCACAGCAGUUUUGAAUUCUGAUAUAGUUUUGCAAGAAAAAACUUAUAUUGAAGGCAUUUUAAUGGGAGAUGUGAACUUUGGGGAUGCGAGAAUUGAGGAAUUAUAUUUGCUGAAAACAGAUGAGAAGCAGUGUCCUCGUUUGCAACAAAUGCGAGUGAAGUUCGCAUCAUCGGUACCAUUGCAAUACACAAUGGCCAUAUUAUCCCAACUUUUUAAUAAACUUAAAGCUUUAAGUUUAAAAAAGCCAAGAUAUUUCGAGAACUCUGUGGAACAUCGGAUGAAGAUGAGACUAUUAAGAGCAAUAAUUUCUUUAAUGCCGCAUGCGAGGGUUUCCAACGAAGAAAUAUAUGAUUUAUUAUUAAAUUAUAAUAAUCAACUGAAUAUUACUUAUAUGUUCGAGAUACUUGUGGCGUUGGCGACAUGCGAUUCUGACGAUGAUACUAUUUUGGGGAAGCUUAACAAUAUAAGCAAUUAUACACCAAGCCAACAAGUGUCACUUAUCAGCAUAGUUCACUGUUACACUGUUCUGCAUCGGAGGACACUUUGCGAUGAAAAGUUUGAUGCAAUAAUACAAAAACUUCUUUCGCUUACUAUGGGACCUCAUUUCCAGACUCGUUUAUAUGCUCAGCUCGUUCUUUAUAAAAUUAUACAAAAUAAUCGCGGGUAUGAAUUUUUAUUGUACAGCAACACUGACCAUGUAACUAAUUAUCGAGAUUAUUUGCGAGAGGCAAUUGGUAGUGCUCUUUCCCCACGACGUGAUGAAUUGCUUGAUGAUGUACGCGUGAUGCUGCCAUAUAUAUAUUUAAGCAAUCCUGAAAACUUUUUUAAUGUUAUAAUGUUCAUUACAAUGGCUCCAGCCGAAGAGUACAUGUCAAAUCUUGAUUACGAAAAAUACAAAAGUUCACAACAUAUAUUUGAAAAGAAAAUAAGGAGAGUUAUAGAGGAAACGAUUUCAUUAGAUCAAUUAAAAUGCGAUAAAAGUAAAUUGAUUAACAUGCAGCGGAAAAUGAAUCCGGAGCAGGACCUUUACGCAAUGAGUAGCAUUACAGACGUCGACAUUUCUGAAAAUUCUCGGGUAAUAAUGUUUGUCGUGGCAAGUCUUAUAGAUAAAAUACCUAAUUUAGGAGGCAUUGCGCGAACAUGUGAGGUGCUUGGCAUACGAAAUUUGGUUUUAAGCUCAAAAAAACUAACUGAGAAUCAGGAUUUUAAAAGUGUGAGUAUGACUGCUGAAAAAAAUCUAAAUAUUAUUGAAGUAACACCAUCAAAUCUGGAGGAAUUCCUAAAAGAGAAACAAGCCGAAGGUUUCGAAAUAGUGGGAGCAGAGCAGACAGUUGAUAGCAAGAAUUUGAUUAAAUUUUCGUUUCCUCGAAAGUGUAUAAUGAUUUUGGGACAUGAAAAGGAAGGCAUACCAAGCAACAUUUUGGGUUUCCUGGAUCAUACAAUAGAGAUACCUCAGUUUGGACUAUUGCGGUCUCUAAAUGUGCACGUAACUGGCGCUUUAUUUAUGUGGGAAUAUUGCAAACAACACAUCGUGGGAGGUUCUACUCAAACAUGAAAUAUUUACUUGGCUGAAAAUGUUAUUUGCAAGAAAAUUGAACUUUCAGCUUUAUCAAACGAGGCUAAGCUCUCAAUAAAAUAUUAUUGUUCUCAGGUUGAAUUCAUAGAAUCGAAAACAGAGAAACAUUUUCAUAUUAUAUUAAAUUUUUUUAAUUUUCAAGUAAUAAAUAUUUUUGUUUGGUAUUA